AUGAAGACCUCAGGCGCUCUUUGCUUGAGCCUGUUCGGGUUGUACUCCUUCGUGGCUGCUUACAAUGACUAUGCAAAUAAUGUUUUGCGCCGACAGGCUUCUACCACGAACUCGAGCUCGGUUUUAAUUGACUUCGAAGUAUACAAACCUGUCGAAUUUGACCCUCCGAGUCAAGGAUGUGACCAGGUCAUUUUGUUGAUGGAAUAUUCUUUUGGGUAUAGCUAUGGACAGCCAUUUGUUGGAAAUUUUACACCACCUGAUUGCGACUUUGACACUGUCAGGAUCAAUUUUACGGUCACGUCACGAGGACGGCAGUUUGAUCGAUUGGCGUUGAUGUACCUGAACGAUACAGAAGUCUUCAGGACAUCCACAGCAGAGCCGACCACCAACGGGAUUGCGUGGACCUAUAUCAAAGAAAUGUCGCAGUAUUUGACAUUGUGGAAAACUCCUCAAAAAAUCAUAUUUGACCUCGGCAACCUGAUUGACAGCACGUACACGGGAUCAUUCAAUACUACUUUGACGGCAUCCUUUACCAAGGAGAAUAACGUACGAACGGCGGAUUUAAUCUUCCCAAUCUCGGCUCACAAAUCCGUGGAUGAUGCUGCCAGUGCUUUUAAUGUCCCUUCUGAUAACGCUACUGUUGAUCUAACCUUUCCUAGCAAUGCGCAAAGAGCGGUGGUUUCUAUCUCAGCCUGUGGUCAAUCAGAGGAGGAAUUCUGGUGGUCGGCUGUUUUGAACGAGGACACAGACGACUUUGACUCGACUAUUGGCGUACUUUACGGCUAUUCCCCCUUCCGUGAGGUCCAGCUUUAUAUUGAUGGAUUACUUGCUGGAGUUGUGUGGCCAUUCCCAAUCAUUUUUACUGGAGGUGUCGCACCCGGCUUCUGGCGGCCGAUCGUCGGAAUUGAUGCAUUUGACCUGCGGGAACCAGAAAUUGAUAUCUCGCCUUUUCUUCCACUUCUGCUCGAUGGCAAAGCACACUCCUUCGAGAUCAAAGUUGCUGGUCUUGAUACCCCAAGCAGUGACGACAUAAGUCUGACCCAAACUGUUAAUUCAUAUUGGAUAGUUACGGGUAAAGUCUUCAUUUACCUUAAUGAUAGCGGGGAAAAUACUAUCAAGCCGACUGGCGUGCCACCGACUAUCAAUGCUCCGGAACCGCAGUUCAGUUUUUCACGAAAUCUGGUUGCGAAUUCGACUACAAACGAGACCCUUUCAUAUUCGGUUUCUGCACACCGAAACCUCAUAAUCACGUCGGGGUCAAGUUCAUGGACCCAAGAACUGUCAUUUUAUAACGACGGAUAUCUCAACCAAGACGGUUUGAGCCAGAGAAAUAUCCAGAAAACUACUGGAGUAUCAAUUGCUAAAGGCUUCGGCCUCGACGGAAAGUUGGAAGAAUACUCAACCACAUUCAGCUAUCCGAUCGAUGUGAAUACCACCUAUGCCCUGACAGCAAACUCUACGGCUAUCGACGCCAUUAUGGAUCGUGGAUUGUCAAUAUCAUCCACCGGAGGCCUCGGCAUAUCUACUUACACGCUUACUUCAGGGCCGAUCGAUGUGCAGACCCACCAAUGGGGCGAGGCGCAUUAUUAUGGGAAUACGACAGGCUCUUACUCCUCUGGAGAGACUACUCAAGAUUUUACGGAGACCUCUGCUGGGACAACGUAUAGCACCUAUGUGCAAGCAAUCAAUGGCACUGUUGUGACGCCUAGUAGUGACUCGCAGCCCUUGUCAUCGACAGCUCAGAAUAGUUGGUUCUCUGCUGGAGGACGGCCUAGUAUUAGGAGCAUUCUGGGACGAGACUCUAUUGCGCAGUCGAUAGAAAGUUUCAUUGCAUCGCAGAUCUCACCAAACGAUGAACGGCCGAACAAGCGUCGCAAAUUAGAUGAUGACUCGACUGCAGAUUUGGUCCAGGUAGCAGAUACGCCUCAUCGAAAGGAAUAUGUUGUUCUUUGUCGAAUUACUAUCGACUUGAAUUUAUCAGAGCAAAGUCUUCAACAUUCACUGCCCCCGUCCUAUGACCUGCCCGUUCUUUUGAAGUAUCGAAACGAGAAGCGCAUGUUAUCUUCAUCUGACCUCAAACCGUCCGAUCGCCCCACAUCUGACAACAAUACGAACGAGCACUGGCUGGAUAUACGGACAAAAAACAAAAAACAAACUUCUUCGUUUCAGUUGUUUGGAGGGGAUGUUGGAAAUCUCGUUUCGCAUUUGUCGCUGGCAACUUGCGCCACCUCGAUAGACACUCCUAAUGGGGAUCGUUCCCUCUUCAGCUACCGGGCUCGCCUCUCUUGUCAAGAUUCCCGCUCGUUUCAUCUGUACGUCGAUGUCCUUUGGAAAGAUACUUUGUUCAUCCCAGCAAAUGCCAAAGUCAAGGGUCCUCCGGGAAUAGCUUUUGUUCAAUAUACACCGUCUGGAGAAGGUUUGUACCAGCAAACGACAGACCAGUUCAACAAGAGACAUGUCCAAUGGACGCCUCGGGACUUUUAUGAUAAUGUUCAUGUUCCAGCGAAUACCCCAGCGGCAUCUAGUGAGAUAAAAUGUCCUCUGGUCGAAUGCAAGCUCUUUCCGUUUCAGAAUCGGGCGGUACGGUGGUUGUUGGAGAAGGAACACGUGGAGCUAGAUAAAUAUGGGAAUGUAGUUCCAAGGAGAAAGGAAGUAGCGGGCCUACCGGAGUCUUUUCAAGAAUUUACAGAUGUGGAUGGCCGCCGUUGUUUUUCCAGCCAACUCUACAGGGUUGUGACGACCGACAUGUCUCCCUGGUACGAUUCGAAUAGAAACCUGAGAGGCGGCAUUCUUGCUGAGGAGAUGGGUCUCGGGAAAACAGUUGAGAUGAUUACAUUGAUAUCUCUCCAUCAGCGUGCCAUGGCUGAUGAUGAUGCACAUGAAUCUCUUGUCAAUUCGCGCGCAACUCUCAUCAUCACGCCACCUGCAAUCCUUGAACAGUGGAAGCAGGAGCUGCAAAACCACGCGCCUUCGCUUAAAGUCUUCGAUUACAAGGGCUAUCAAGCUAACUCUAAAAUGUCUCAAGAAGAGCUUCUGGAUAUAUUCAGGGAUACCGAUGUGGUUUUGACCACAUAUAAUGUCCUCGCGAAAGAGGUUCAUUUUGCGACCGACCCGCCGCAGCGGAAUAUGCGCAAUGAAAAGCGAUUCACAGCCCCAAAAUCGCCGCUUGUACGCAUUUUUUGGUGGCGUGUCUGUCUUGAUGAGGCUCAAAUGAUUGAAAGCGGCGUCAGCAACGCGGCUCAAGUCGCCCGUCUUAUUCCACGAGUGAAUGCUUGGGCUGUAACGGGAACACCUAUCCGCAAAGACAUGAGAGACUUUUUUGGACUAUUGCAGUUCUUGAGAUAUGAGCCAUUUUGCGGCUCGAUUGAUCUCUGGAGCAGACUUUACAGCGCCUAUUACCCAGCUUUCAAGUCAAUCGUCAAGAGACUAUCACUUCGACAUAGUAAGCACUUCAUCAGGGAUGAAAUGAAAUUGCCACCACAGAAGAGGGUCGUUAUAACCAUUCCGUUUACUGCGAUUGAGGAGCAGCAUUAUGGUCAAUUAUUCGAACAGAUGUGCGAGGCCUGUGGUGUCGAUUCUACUGGUGCUCCUCUUAAUCAGGAUUGGAAUCCUGAAUCCCAGGCCUCGAUAGAGAAGAUGCGAGGCUGGCUUACUAGGCUUCGUCAGACAUGUCUACAUCCUGAAGUUGCUCACCGAAACCGUAAAGCGCUAGGUAUCAGGAACGGGCCAUUAAGGUCUGUAGAUGAGGUACUUGAGGUAAUGAUCGAUCAGAACGAGACCUCCAUCCGCGCCGAAGAACGUAUGUUGCUUCUCUCGCAAGCUCGUCGUGGUCAAUUACUUGAGAACGCCCUUCAGCGGCGAGAGGCUCUAGAGAUAUGGCAAAAAGGAUUGGUGCGCGCAACCCAGAUGGUCAGUGACUGUAGGGAGCAACUGGAAGCUGAAAUUGUAAAAUCCAAAAGUAGCGGCGGGGACGCUUCAGAUCAAGACUCGGACGUCGAAAGUGGAAAGGAUGAAGCCGAUCAGUCAGGAAAGACAAGUCGCAUCGGAGCAUGUAAAGCACGUCUUCGAGCAGCUUUGGAAGUACAGCAUGUUUGCAAGUUCUUCACCGCCAAUGCUUUCUAUCAAAUCAAGACCGAUGAGAAGAUGACGAAGCCUAACUCGGAAGAGUUCAAGGCCCUAGAGAAAGCCGAAGGAGAAGCCUACGAUGAAGCAAAGCUGAUCCGAAAGGAGCUACUCAAAGACGUCGCGCGAAAGGUCAGAAGGUACAUCAAAGUUCUUGAUGAUAAAGCAAACAAUAAUUCAUUUGUCAAAAUCCCUGUGUUGAAAGCUCAACUUCCGACAUUGGGAAUUGAGGCGCGCCGGUUAUUCGAACGACUGGAGGAUUUCUGUGACGCUAUGAAUGAAAACCGCGAGCAAUUCAACGAGUGGAGGGACGCAAUGAUCAAAUUGCUUCGACAGUCGCUUAUUGACGAAGAGAAAACCAGUGAGCUCGAAGGUAAUGAGUACGAGACAUCAACCAAACAUCAAGAUGAAAUGUACGUCUACAUGGAAGGCCUUCGUGUAAUGUACGCCGAUCGUCAUGAUGCUCUUACUGGUCAAACGAAUUUCUUGAUUAAACAUGAAGUCGAGGUCGGAACAGCCGAGGCACAUGAGGAAAAGGGCCCAUCUCCUGAAUUAUACCUCAAGAUUAUGGAAACCCGUAAAAAGCUGAAGCCAAAAGCCGAUCUUGGAUCGCUACGAGGGAUCAUCAGCGAUAUGCGCACCCUAACUACGUCAUUGGAAUGGCAAGCCAAUGAAGGGAGUACACGAGCUCGAGCUGAAGCUGUUAUUGUCAACGAAGCUCUUGAGCGCGUGAGUAAGAUAUCAGCAGAGCAAGCAAAAGUCAUCACAGCCUUGGACAAGGAAGUUGAAUUGUUCCGAGACACUAUGAAUAACAGAUUGGAAUACUAUAGACAAUUGCAACAAAUUUCGGACACUGUCGCACCAUACGACGAAGAAAGCGUGGGCAAGCCUGUUGACCAGGCAGCCUACGAUUCGAAACUCGAAGCCGAGAAUAAGAUGCAGCAGAAACUGGAUAGUCUGCAAUCUAAGCGACGGUAUUUGAUUCAUUUACGAGAUGAGUCGGAGCCAGAUGAGAGUACACGACAGUGUAUUAUUUGUCAAUGCACGUUUGAAGUUGGCGUUUUGACUGUCUGUGGUCACAAGUAUUGCAAGGACUGUUUACGCAUCUGGUGGCAUCAACACCGGACAUGUCCAGCAUGCAAGAAGAAGCUCAAGGCAAACGAUUUCCAUCAAAUCACAUACAAGCCAAAAGAGCUGCUUGCACGAGAGGAAAGAACUCCUACAAAGAUUGAACAUGAGCGACCCUCGCAGAAUGGCAUAUACUCAGACAUUAGCACUGGCAUUUUGCAAGAGAUCAAGGACAUUGAUCUUCCGACUUCUUUCGGCACAAAGAUCGAUACGUUGUCUCGACAUCUGAUGUGGCUACGGGAGCAUGAUCCUGGAGCCAAGUCGAUUGUGUUUUCUCAAUACAAAGACUUUCUUGGAGUUUUGGCCAAUGCUUUUUCUCGGUUCGGGAUAGGAUACAGUAGUGUGGAGGCCAAGGAUGGGAUCCAGAGGUUUAAAGAGGAUCCGGCGGCUGAAGGCUUCCUUUUGCAUGCUCGAGCUCAUUCGUCUGGGCUAAAUCUUGUCAAUGCGACCCAUGUCUUCCUCUGCGAGCCCUUGAUCAACACUGCAAUCGAGCUACAAGCCAUAGCUCGUGUGCAUCGUAUCGGUCAACAUCGCCCAACGACAGUAUGGAUGUAUCUCGUCUCCGACACGGUCGAGGAAUCAAUCUACCAAAUUUCCGUCUCUCGGAGACUGAGCCACAUCGUACAAAAGGAAAAGGAGAUGGAAAAGCAAAAAGUCCUGCACUCACCAAGUCCUGGACUCAAAAACGGAACCACUAUAGAAAAUCUUACCGAAACAGCGAUCGACUCGGCUAAUUCUCUUGAAAUGCAAGAUGCUACUUUGGGCAAAUUGCUGGCUUCAGGCGUUUCGGGAGGCGAGCUAGUUGGUAAAGAUGAUCUUUGGCAGUGUCUUUUUGGCGAUGGACAGAGAAGAACUUCACCCAGUCAGAACGAUGACGCCGUGCGGGAAGUUGAUCGUUUCUUGAGAGGAGAGGCGGCCGAGAAACGGCGACAGGAUCCAGUGUAUAUUUGA